ACACAAAGGAAUCAAACUUUUUUCCUUUUUUUAUUUUUGUAUUGUCUAUUUAAACACAUUGUGAAAUUGGUGCAAUAUAUUUGUAUGAAUUGUAAGUGCAAUUUUUCGACGAAAGUAAAUGGAAAGCUGUCAAAUGCAGUGUAACGCAAUCACCGCAUCUCAAAGAUGGACAGAUUACGACUAUUGCCAUUGGAAUUGCCAUCAGCCACUAAUAUAAAUAAUAAUGGAACAGUCAAAGGAAAAAUAUCAUUUGUUCGAAGAUUAGCAGUAGGAUUUGUCAUCUUGGCUACAUUAGGUUUAUUAUAUGUACCAGCAUACCAUUCUGCCCAAGGUCCAUUUUUAGGCUUAGGUGAGACUCCAUCCCCUGCAAAACAUAUUGGUGUUUCACAUUUGGUUGCCUCAGUAGCACAGUUGCCAGGAUGGGCACAUAAUACUUCAAGAGAUCUGUGUGUAUAUAUUCAUCCAGAAAAUAUAACGUCAAUUUUAAGUCCUACUGGUAUAUGUUCUCCAUCACCAUAUCUCCUCAUAGUUAUUUGUUCAGCUGUUACAAAUUUCAAAGCUAGGACAGCUAUAAGAAAUACUUGGGCUAAUAAAAAUAAUUUAGAUAGUACAUAUAAUUCUACAGUAAAAAUAGCAUUUCUUUUGGGACAAAGUGACAAUGAUACACUUAAUAAUAUAAUAGUUGAAGAAAGUCAUAAAAACAAUGACAUCAUUCAAGAAACAUUUUAUGACACAUACAAUAAUUUAACAUUAAAAUCUGUUAUGAUUUUAAAAUGGGUAACAUCAAACUGUGGCCAAGCAAAAUAUCUCAUGAAAACAGAUGAUGAUAUGUUUGUAAAUGUACCUAUUUUAAUGAAAACCUUACAAUCAAGGUCACAAACUACUGAUACAUUACUAGGUUCACUUAUUUGCAAUGCCAAACCUAUUUUAGAUCCAAAUAAUAAAUGGUAUACACCAAAAUAUAUGUAUUCAGAGAAAAUGUAUCCUAAUUAUUUAUCUGGUACGGGGUAUGUAAUGAGUUUAGAUGUGGCAUUUAAAUUAUAUCAUGCUGCAUUAAAAACACCAUUACUUCAUUUGGAAGAUGUUUAUAUCACUGGUCUUUGUGCAAAACAUGCAAAAGUUAGACCUGUAAAUCAUCCUGGUUUUAGUUAUGUUCCACGUAAAUUGGAUCCUUGCAUAUUAAAAAAUGCUAUUACAACACACAAAGUUAAUGUAUCUAGUAUGUAUGUAAUAUGGAACAAAUUGAGUGUUACAAAUCUUUCUUGUGGUAGUCAUUCUCAUAAUGAUAAGAAAUCAGUUACAUUAAGUAGAAAUGGUAGAAAUAUUGGAUACUAUAUAGUAAAAAGGAGAAAUAUCAAUAAAUGUGUUUAA